AUGGAUCCGACAUCAGAUUCAACGCUUCAUUUUCACCAUCACCGUCGCACUCAGCGCCAUCAGCCAUUCGCAUCUUCACAGCCAUCCGGCAGCAUGCCUGCACCAUCCAACUCCCACUCUCAGCCGCCCGCCGCAUCUCCGUCGCCAUCCACCGCCGCUUCCUCCAACCCCUUUGUCCGCUCCCAUCAUGGCGACUUAUCAGAGUCCGUAGCCGAUUUCCAAUCUACUGCUUCAGCUCAACACCUCCGACAUCGCACAGAGCACCAGAGUAUCGAUAGCACCGCCUCCCACUCAUCUCUCAACGACGAUCAUAUCGCUGUUGCCAUCAAGUGUCCUUCGCUCGAUAAAGAUUCGGCUAUCAUCAGAGUCAAAUCCACCGAUACGGUUCUUGCUCUCAAGAACAUGAUCGAAAGCACAUGGCCCGGUGCUCCUCGCGCCGAUGGUAUGCGUUGCAUCCGAUCCGGCCGCAUCUUGGGCGACAGUGAGCUUCUCGGCCAGCUCGCACAGAUGCUCGACCAAGGCGAACCCUUGUCGCUUCACCUCGUCAUUCGCCCCGAUGCGUGGUCAGACCCACAAAAUCGACCCACUCCUUCGCGCCGCAGCUCCUAUUUGCAACAACAACAACAACAACAACAGCAGCAGCAGCAGCAGCUGCGACAAUCACAGCAACAAAGCCUCCCACCUUCGGCCUUGUCAGCACAAGUCGGUCCUCAACAUGACGUGUCGCCCCCACAUGCUGCCACCUUGACGCAGCACCCUCCUCAUUGGUCGUCCGCUUUCGAGCCGUACUUUUCCGAGCCCAUCCCCAUCCCCGCUCAGUCUACAUCUCGUCUAUCACAAAACCACGACGACAACUACGUCCCUGCACCUAGCAGGAACACAACCGCCAACAUGCUCCGCUCCGGUACAGGUCAGGAUGUUUCUGACGCGUACGCCGUGCUUGAGGAAGCUCUUCGCGUCACUGCGCCCGACAAUUGGCCUCUGCUGAUCGAGGCUCUCAGUGAAGCAUGCGACGAAUACGUGGCCAUGUACGAGCACAUCUAUAGCGAUGCCCAUCUAGCACAAAAGUCUGGGUCGUCUAGACCUGAAACACGCACUAUACAGCCUUUCGCACAGAGUCGUCUUUUGACCAGCAUCGAGACAACGUUGCUUGGCUGGGAACCUGUUCCGAUGCCGCACCAAGAUCAUGCUGCUACCACAUCGUUGGAUGCCGACAACAAAAGUCGAUACAUAUAUCAGCAAGUCUCACACCGCGGUCUACCGUAUCUGUUGCGCAUCUCUACUACGCCCUUAGCCGUACAACGCAGCCAGGCACUUGCGACGCUUCUGCACCGCAUCACAACGCUCGGCAACAUGAUCGACAAGCUCGAAAACGUCAUCAUGCUCGGCACGCUCAUUCAGUCACAGCCUCUCCACUCUUCAACUGCUUCAAGUGUGCCUGGCGCGAUAGCACCGACACAACUCAAUGGCGCUGCAGCCGCAGGCCGAGCUCUGGCGCUCGAACAGGGCGGCGUCAUAGCUGGUGCCUCUCAUUUCGUACAAAGCAUCCUUCGGUCUCUGCGAGGCAUCACAGUGGCCGACGUGACCGCCGUGAUCAUGCCAAUGGCAAUGAUUAGCUUCAAACUCGGCAUUCUGCUCUCUGUCAUGCUGCGCGGUGCCGACCCGUUCAAGUGGUACUUUGUGCUCGGCAUGGCUUCGAUUUACGUUGUCUUUGAAAGCUAUCGCAUCGUUCAACGCCGCAUGCGUGCUCAUCAGCGCAUGGCGCUCCAUCCGGCUGCCGCUGCACAGCUGCCGCAGCACGAGGUUCAAGCUGCGGCUGCCAAUAACAAUGCUGGACCAGCUGCUGAUGCUGCUCCUCGUACUGAUGGUGCACCGAUGGUGGGCGCCAAUGUCCCCAGCGCACCUCUGAACGAACAAGCAGCUGAACGUCAAGCGACCGAAGACCCAUUCAGACCGCUUCCGCCACCGCAAGCACCACCUCGGUUGCGAUCGCGUACGCGCUUCUCGUAUGACUGGUGCAUUGACUGCGUAGCCUUGCUCGGGCUCGACGCUGAGGAUGUGGAGCUAGGCCUACUCCCCGCGUCCGGUGCUCGGACUCGAGAAGCGAGCUGGGUCGAAAGAGUUCUGAAUUCGGAGUGGCUUCUGCCCAUCUUGCUGUUCGUGGUCACCAUGAUGCCCGCAGUGGAACAGCGGCGCAGACGCGCAAUCGAGGAGCGAGAACGUGUGAUUCGCAAGUGGACGAGGUUGGAGCAGGAACGUCGACAACGCGUGGUCGAGUUGCAGGAAAAGCAAGCGGCGGAACGGGGCGAUGCGCCAGAUUCGCCAGAUUCGCCAGAUUCGCCAGGUGCUUUGGGUGGCGCCGCAACCGCGAUGUUGAGUGUAGCCGAGGUGGGGAUGCAAGACAAGAGGGCCGAGUAUGUAGAUCGUAUGCUUAGGCAGAGGCGCACAACGGAGGCAGUGGAUUUGGAUGAUGACGAUGGUGCGAGCUUGGCCAGGCAGAUGCAGGAGGAGCAAGACGGUGAUAUGGAUAUCGACCUUUUCUGA